GUUAUUUGUAGCGCGAGGAGCUCGUUAGGCACAACAUUGACGCGAUGGAGGUAUUGGCAUUACCUCCGGGACGACGGUCCGACAAAGCACUUGCAAGAUUUGCUAAGACUAGCAUUGCUCGUGUACGUUCAUUGGUCGCGAUCCUUGGUUGCCGUUCUAUGGUGGACACAAUGCCUAGCGGCUCGAGAUCAAACUUGGCUUAUGGAGAGAGCACGAGCGGUCAGAACGUCGAGCUUGAGGAUGAUAUCGAUGAGGAUCCAGUGGAUGUGCCUGAGGAGGAACUCGAGGCUGAGGUGGAUGACUUCUUGGGACGGGCUGAAUAUGCGAUGGAGAGGGAGGUGGAUGGACAAGAUCAUGACGAGAUAAGAACUUCUCAUCUAGAAGAUGCUCCAGAGCCGAUUCGGCCUACUCAGCCUCGCGACUUUGGUCUCAAACCGAGGAGGCCUUAUGAUCGUUGGACUCCGGAGCAGAAGACAAGAUAUCAGCGUCUUCGGCCACGCCUUAGGCGUCCAGCUGUCAUCGAAGAGGAUGAGGAUGAGGAACAUGCGGCAAGGAGGAGGAAGAAUGAACAACGCUCGAAGGCCAAUCACGAGCGCCUCUCAAGAAAUGUGAGACCUAAGGGCCAAAAAAAAUGAGAACUGCCUUGAUGUGUUGUCCAAUUUGUCAUGAA